AUUUUCCCAUUGAUCCAGCCGUUGCCUUAACAGCAUCUAACCACCUCGAGUCGUCUUGUCGUCCAUCACACUUUUGUGUUCCGUCCUGCUUGCCCCGGUGUCUGUUACUGUCCAUCGUCAUGAACAACAAGAAUUGGAACGACAGAGCAGAUAAGGACCUGUUCUUUACUAUACUGUCUGUCAAGAACAUUGGUGUCAUAAGCGGCGCGGAAUGGACCACCAUUGGCAAUCACAUGAGAGGCCUUGGUUAUGGCUUCACUAACGAAGGAUGUCGUCAACAUUUCCAAGGUCUCCGACGAGCCCAGAACAAGGCAGAGUCCAAUGGUGGUCUCAACGAGAACUCACGCAAGGUUGAUCCGACUAUGAACCCGAUUACUCGUCGUCCAGGUCCCGGUCGAGGUCGACCUAGGAAGCAGCCUCCUGUCCCCGUCGCUGGUGUCCCUGGGGAGGGUAUUCCCAACCAAGCCAUGGGCCUUGUUGCUCCAGGACCUCACGCUCAGCCCGUCCAAGCCUAUGGUGUUGCUCCUGGUCAAGCCAUACUCCCUCAGCCAAUGCCAACCACGGCAGCUGUUCCCGGUCCUAUUCCGGCUCCGGCUCCGGCUCCAGCUCCUACUGCGGCUACUGUGCCUGGUCCUCCUGCUCCCGUUACUGCUGGACCAUCUGCUGCACCUCCCACUGAUCAGUUGGUAUCUCAUGCGACAUUUCCCAGCCCGCCGCGUGCCCCUGAGCUUCCCCAAAAUCCCCCACAUCUACACCCUCUUCAGCAUGGAGCGCAAAAUCAGGAGCCCCGACAAGAACCUCCCCGAGAUCUCAGAGAAGGCACCAACACAAGUUCAACCUCUCAACCUCCAACUGUGGAACCCAAUCAUCAGCCGCCUUCAGAAUCUGUGGGACCGUCGGAACACCUUGAGGAAGUGAACGAAGAUGUUGACGCUGAUGCUGAUGCCGACGUGGUGGAUCCUGUCGCCGACGUGGAUGCCGAUGGCGAUGCUGAUGCUGAUGCCGACCUUGACGAACCUGCUGCCAAGCGACCACGACUAGUCUCACCAGAUCCGUCCAAGGAGGUGAUGGACGAUGAGGCUGUUCUGGCGCUUGCAGCUCACAGCGGCCCUGGUGACCCAUUCCCUUCUGAGUUGAUUCACCAGGCCUUGGCCCUUCUGGGUAUAAAUUCUGACCUCGAGGGGCAGCCUAGACUUGUUCCUCUUCUCCCUCACAUCCUCACUUUGCAACAACCUCCUCAACUCACAACACCGCCUCCCAACACACCAAAAACAACCCUCACAACAAAGACCAAGAUGCCCAACACCAGUGACUGGGAUAGCCCCGAGUUCCCGAUGGAUCUCGGGAUCGCGCUCUUCACGGCUGCGCAGGCCAACAAGGCGCUCCCCGUGCCCGUCAAGGAAGCCGUCGAGGCUUAUCUCAAGGAGCGCGGCUGGAAGACUUCUUUUGACGCAGUUCGUCUUCUCCUCUCUCAUCUCAUGCAUCUCAUCUCCUCAUACAUUCUCCAUCAACCCUGGGCUGCACCACUUUCCCUCCUCACCACCACCUCUUGUUACCCUCCCAAACGCAUCUACUCUUUGUCGAUAUACACAAUGGCCAAGCGUCAGACCAUGCAGUGGGAUGCCAACGUCCAUGAGGACAUUCUCAUCUGCAUGUUUCAGCACCUCAAGCUGAACAACGAGGAGUGGACCAGUGUCAUGGCCGAGUUGCAGAAGCUGGGGUAUACAUUUACUGAAAUUUCUUUUGCUCCUCCAUGUUUUGCUGUCUACCUUUUUUUCCUUGCUCUACUUCCUCUCACUCUAUUCACAUUCACCUUUCCCACCAACCACCCCUCUUCCAAACUUGACCUCCAAUCUUCACUUCCCACAUCUCUUCCUCCACCACAACUCAUCUCUCAUUCCUCUCUCAUCAACCACCUCCACUAUCAUCCCAACCCUGCUCCCUCUUCAUCAAUCAUCGUCAUGUCUGGAAAGCCAUCGCGCGGUUGGGAUGCCAACUCCCACGAGGACCUCCUCUUGACCUUGCUGGAGGAGAUCAAGCCCUCUCGAGCCAUCCUCACCAGUGUUUCCGAGCGGAUGCGCGAGAAGGGCUACACGUACUCCUUUGAUGCCAUCAACCAGCACGUCCAGAAGCUUCGCAAGACCCGCGACACCAACGCCAGCAACGCCCUCACUGCCAUCCAGGCUGCCGGCGCCGGCUCGGCCACGGGCACCCCUCGCAAGAAGGCCACUGCCACUCCCCGCAAGCGCAAGAACGCCAAGACCACGGCUGUCGAGGAGGACGACGCCGAGGACGAAAAGAUGAAGCUCAAGCAGGAGAAUGACGACGAUGGAGGUGAUGAACUCGUCUCUCCUUCUCCCAUGAAGCGCGCCAAGAGAACUCCCAAGCCUGAGCCUAAGGAGGAAGAGCCCGAGGCAGAGAUCGAAGGAGAGAUCUAA